AUGCCGCCAAAACCCAAACAACGCGCCGUUGUCAAGGCCUCUAAACCCUCCAAAUCCACCAUUCCCUCGCCCUUCACCCCCGCAUCCGCCGAGCUCUCCUCCCUCCUCUCCACCUUCAGCCGCGACACCGUCUACAUAACGCACAUCGACACGCACCCGGCAUGGUUCAAAAAGCGCAUCUUCAGCGUACCCGUCAUCCUCAACCUAGCCAUAACCUUGAUCCUUGCCCUGCGCGCAUACUACAUCCUACCUUACUACGCGCGCAUCAUCCUCUCCGUCAUGGGCAACCUCAAUGAAACAACAAUAUACUGGACGCAAGAAACGUGGGGCAGUAUGGCGUGGAAGGUGUUUAAGCGCAUGUUAAGCUUCAUGCUGGAUUUCCUGCUGUUCAGAAUUGUCGGACCCUGGCCGUGGUCCUUCUUCCUCGAACUCCCGGGUAAUCCCGUGUGGUGGCGGUGGAAGGUCGGGUUUCGCGAUCAGGAGGUGGUGAUUAGGCAGAGUCGCGGUUGGGGAGGCCAGGAUCUGUUGGGCUUGGAGGAGGGGAGUUCGGGGAAGGCGGGGGAGGAUAGUCCGUUUUUCAAGACGAGGAUACUGCCCGCGCUGGAUGAGGCGAGGCUCAGGGAGAAGACGGGGUAUUUGCUCAUGGAUGCGGACUUUGAUUUGGAUUUCUAUGGCAUGAUUGCGGCGACGCAACUGGUAGAUCGGAAGACGGUUACGAUGGAUAAGCUGCGAAAAGCCGUGUUUGUGUAUGUGGGCGAUUUGAAGGCGGAGGUGGAGAAUGGGCAGUGGGCGAUGUGGGAUUGCUCGGAAGCAGAGGGCGAAGAGUCGGAGACGGAGGCGAGGAACAAACUCAUGGCGUUCAAGGACAAGCUCACGGCCAUGGGCAAGGAGAGUUUGUUCUUCAAGUGGGUCGAGCUGGUGCAGUUCGAGAGUAACGCGCCAGGAGGCUUCACUCAGGAGAAGCAGGCAGAGACUGCGGAGAAGACGAAGAAGAUGUUUGAAGCGGAGGGCGUGGAUUGGGAAGCAUUCAGCACUUUUUAUUGGAGGAGGGAACAUGCCCGGAAUGUAGAUAUGGUUUGUGGAUAUUGGCUUUGCAUUGCAUUGAUACCCAUGUACACUUCUCGAAGCGAGUAA